GUCAUUUGAGAAUCAUACCAAAAUCAUACGGGUUAGCAAGAGGAAUUGUUUUGAACGUCUAUUGUAUUGCGAAACCUUUACAAUAAUUUGAAAACAGUGCACAAAAUGAGUGGAGUUCCCGAAAACGCCCCGGAUCAUUGCCCUGGCACUGAGAGCGCGGAUGCUGGCAAAGCUUCCGCAUGCGCUGGAUGUCCAAAUCAAAAUAUCUGUGCAUCAGGAGUAGCAGCGGGACCAGAUCCAGCUAUUGAACUAAUCAAAAAUCGCUUAUCAAAUGUAAAACAGAAAAUUAUAAUACUCUCCGGUAAGGGUGGUGUGGGUAAAAGCACUGUCACCUCUCUUCUCGGACACGCACUUUCCAAACUCAAUCCUGAUGUAAACGUGGGUAUCCUGGACGCGGACAUAUGCGGACCGAGUCAGCCUCGAGUUCUAGGCGUUCGAGGAGAGCAGGUGCACAAUUCAGGCUCGGGAUGGUCACCUGUUUACGUGACUGACAACCUGUCUCUGAUGUCGAUCGGGUUCCUGCUUUCUAGUCCCGAUGACGCUGUCAUAUGGAGAGGACCGAAGAAGAAUGGUAUGAUAAAACAGUUUCUGAGCGAAGUCGACUGGGGGGACCUGGAUUACUUGCUGAUCGAUACACCGCCAGGUACGUCAGACGAGCACCUAUCAGUGGUACAAUACCUGUCGCAAGCCGGAGUGACUGGUGCCAUAGUGGUGACCACGCCACAGGAAGUGGCGCUGCUUGAUGUGCGGAAGGAGAUCCAGUUCUGCCAGAAAGUCGGAUUGCCCAUCAUUGGUGUCGUGGAGAACAUGUCGCUGUUCGUGUGCCCUAACUGCAAGUCCCGCAGCGAGAUCUUCCCGGCGGUGACGGGCGGCGCCGCCCAGCUGUGCUCCGAGCUGCGCCUGCGGCCGCUGGGCGCGCUCCCCCUGGACCCGCUGCUGGCGCGCUGCUGCGACACCGGCGCGGACUUCCUCCAGGAGCUGCCGCACUCGCCCGCCGUCGCCGCGCUCAGGGACAUCGUCGCCGAAAUCGUAAAGAUAUGCAACGAGAACAAUGGUUCGUAGAAAAGCUUCAAGAAAAUGCUUGUAAAACAUGAAGCAACAUUAUAAUAAUCCUAGUCAAUGUACAAAUGAUAUAUGAGACUUAAGAAUUUAUCAAGUAUAAAUAAAAUAUAUAUCGCUUUUA